CUUAUCCCUCCCUCCCCAACUCCCCAACUCCCCAACUCCACCGCACCACCUCAUUUCCACCAUGCGCAGCACUCUAUUGACCCUCCCGCUGCUCCUGAGCACCGCCCAGUCCGCACUCGGUGCGUCCAGCUCUUUCAGCAGCAGCCACCAGCAGAUCCUCGAAUCCCCCAACCAAGCCCCCUACAGCCAUGACGACGCCAUUUUCGUCCUCGACGAAGACCGCGUCCACGCCGCCCUCCGCGAGCACCCCGACGACCCGGUCGCCGCCUUUCUGGCGCUGAGCCCCGAUAGCGCCGACUUCCUCGCCCAGCCCCGGCUGCUGCACGUCCGCGGAGAGCCCCAGCCGCAGUGGAUGACCGAGGGCGACAAGCUGCUGCUGCGGCAGAAGGGGAAGAAGUUCAUGGACAUCACGGAGCAUGAGGGUUUCUACGCGGAGCAGGUGCAUGCCCUUGCAGGUUCGGCGAGACCUGCCGGACUUGACGCACCAGCGCUACGUCCGCCCCCUGUUUGAUCAGGUCGAGAAGGCGCACAUGGAAUACGUGCUGCGGCACAUGACCAGCUACUACAACCGGUACUACGGGGGCAUCCAUGGCGAGAUGAGCUCGCAGUGGCUCUACCAGCACAUCGCCAAGAUCAUCGACGAAUCCCCCUUCCGCACCCACAUCUCCCUGGAGUACUUCACCCACGCCUUCCCCCAGUCCUCGAUCAUCGCGCGCUUCGAGCCCAAGGUCCGCAACUUCUCACUCCCGCUGACCAUCAUCGGCGCCCACCAAGACUCGGCCAACUACCUGUUCCCGCUGCUGCCCGCGCCCGGCGCCGACGACGACUGCUCGGGCACCGUCAGCAUCCUCGAGGCGUUCCGCGUGCUGGCUGCGAGCGGAUACACGCCCAAGAACGGACCCGUGGAGUUCCACUGGUACGCGGCCGAGGAGGGGGGACUCUUGGGGAGCCAGGCCGUUGCGCGGUACAAAAAGGAGGAAGGGGCGCGGAUCGGGGCGAUGUUGGAGUUUGACAUGACGGCGUUCAUCGCGCACAAUUCGACCGAGGAGAUCGGGUUCAUCGCGACGGAGGCGGAUGCGGCGCUGACGAACUGGACGGUCAAUCUGAGUCGCGAGUAUAUCUCGAUUCCGACGGAGGUGUAUGAACUGGGCGCCGGUGCCGGGUCGGACUACAUGUCCUUCACGCAGCUCAACUACCCGUCGGCCUUUGCGUCGGAGGGCAACCCCCUGGCCGGCGGGAGAAUGCCGGGCAACUUCGAUCCGUACGUCCAUGGCGUCAACGAUACGAUGGACGUGGACGAUGAGACGGGGUAUUUCUCCAUUGACCACAUGGCUCGCUUCAGCGAGUUGGCGAUCGCCUUUGCCGUGGAACAGGGUGGUUGGGAUAACAAGUGGCGGUAGGCGAUUUGUUUUAUGACCAUGUACUGUACCAACUGUCGGUGUACAUGAGCCUGGGUCGUCGGGUCACAUGGAUAGCUAUUGAGAAGUUGCCGUUUGUCUUUCCGUCCUUCCCAGAGAAUGAGCCCACUUUCCGCCAACCUCCUC